GACAGUAUGCCACAGCAGCAUCGCUGUACGAAUGGUCCGAAAAUCGGCUGACAAACCUGGAACAUGGCCCAAUGGAGGAUAGGCUAUGCGAUAUCCUAUUCUUAGAACAUCAAAACCAUGACAAAUGCCUUAAGAUUUUUUGACGGUUCAUCUGUAGUAUGAUUCAACGGCAGGUGACUCUGACCCAGAACUUGUACCAGAACAGGUUUCUCGGACUAGCAGCCAUGGCUUCCCCAUCUCGUUCAUCCCAGAACCGGCGGCGCUGCAAGAACCCAAUCCGCCACAGCUACAACCCCGAGCAAUUCCGGAAUGUCAACUUCCAGAACGGCGUGCCCGAGGAUUUGGCGGCCGUGCACCGAUCCACCAGCGACACGGACCUGGUGACGUCGCACAGCCGCUCCACGCUCACUGCCAGCACUUCGUUAUAUGCCAUCGGGCAAAGCCAGGAUGUCCUCAUUUGCUGGGACAUCAAGGAGGAAGUGGAUGCCGGAGACUGGAUCGGGAUGUACCUCAUCGAAGAGGUUUCAUCUGAGAACUUCCUAGACUACAAAAGCCGUGGUGUGAAUGGUUCCCACAAGGGCCAAAUAGUGUGGAAAAUUGAGGCUAACUCCUAUUUUGUAGAGCCGGAAACCAAAAUCUGUUUUAAAUACUACCACGGUGUGAGCGGGGCGCUGCGGGCCACCACCCCCAGUUUGACUGUGAAGAACCCCUCUGUUCCGGUCUUUAAGCCGAUAUCUAGUGAAGAACUCCCCCAAAGCACAGGAAGUAGAAGACUCAUCAGUUUCUCCCUGUCAGAUUUCCAUGCCACAGGACUGAAGAAGGGGAUGUUCUUCAACCCUGACCCCUACCUGAAGAUCGCCAUCCACCCUGGCAGGAACAGCAUCUUCCCAGCUCUGCCGCACCACGGUCAGGAGAAGCGCUCGGGCAUUGUCUACAACACUAUCAACCCCCGCUGGCAGACAGAGCGCUUUAACUUUGUGUCUCUGCCCACGGACGUUCUGGAGAUCGAGGUGAAAGACAAGUUUGCCAAAAGUCGUCCUAUCAUCAAACGUUUUCUGGGCAAACUCUCCACACCAGUUCAGAGGCUAUUGGAGAAACAUGCUAUUGGGGACCGUGUGGUUAGCUACACGCUGGGCCGAAGGCUGCCCACAGAACAUGUCGGUGGACAGCUGCAGUUCAGAUUUGAGAUCACGUCCUCUAUUCAUCCAGAUGAUGAGGACAUGUCUCUCAACACGGAGCCUGAAUGUGCCAAUGUGCAGGAGAACCAGGGGGAGGGCCAGUCCUCCCAGGCCCAGGGGCAGGCUGAGGACACCACGAGCCUGGGUCCAGGUGCUCCCGAACUCCCCAUGGAUGAAGAGGAGGACCCUGGAGCCGGGGAUGCGCUUCUUCCAAAUGGCGGAGAUGCGCUUGGAGACACUGCCACAGAGGGGGAUCCAGCAGGGCUGCCCAUGGAUGGAGAUGGAUGCGGACAGUCAGGGCCUAGCUGCUCCAGAGAGGAGGCCUUAAAUACAGAACCAAGUCAACCAGAGAUUAACGGGGCUCAGCGGAAGGAGGGGGCCUUUUUGCCAAUGGCUGUGGCUUCAGAGAAGCUGCCCACGGUAGAGGAGAACGGUGAGGAAGGGGUACAGCAAACCCUAUCCAGUCCUCAGACCGUUGACACAGGGAAACAAAGGGCUGUUGGCCAGGAAGCUGAGGUGGCCUUCCAGGCAGAGGGUCAGGUCAGCCCUGCUGUUGUGGAGGACAUGGAGCUCGGCGCCUCCGGGGAGUCUGUCUCGGAAAGCCAGGCAUUGGCACAGGAGGAGGACGAGGAGUGCUGCUCCCUGCGUAUCCGGACCACACCGAGGAGGAAGAACCGGCCCUGCUCCCUCCCUGUGUCCGAGCUGGAGACCGUCAUCGCCUCAGCCUGCGGGGAACCGGAAACCCCUCGCUCCCAUUACAUCCGCAUCCACCGCCUCCUUCACAGCCUGCCCUCCGCCCAGACAGACACCCUGGAGGACAGGGGAGGAGAGGGGGCCGAGACAGAGCCCGACCCGGACCCAGGCCCUGACCAGCUCAGCCCCGGGGACCAGGAGGUCUCGGAAGACGACGAGAAGGCAGAGCCCCUGACCCCUGGCCCUAGGAGGAGCCUGCCCCGCAGCCGGUCUGUCGAGCGUCUCUCCGACCUGGCCCUGCUGCUGGACAGCGAAGGCCGCCACCCUCAGGGCCAGGUCAGGGGUCACCAGAGGGUGUCGGACGAGGACGACGCAGAGCCGUGCUGCAGCCACUCCUGCUACGAUAGCCGAGAAGGCAGCCACGCGAGGACCCCUCUACUGGCCGCGGGACGGAUGUCUUUGGGGAGCAGCGCUUUCUCCUCCCAGGAGGAUGACGACGUGGAGUUGAAUGGUGCAGAGGGCAGGGAGCCAGGAGACGGGAUGGCCCAGUGGCAGGAGGCCCCGGCCACCCAGGUCCAGAGCCCUCAGAGCUUCAUGGGAAACGGAGAUUCGCCCGCGGCCGGGCCUAGUGGGAGAAGAGAACGAGAUUGUCCCCUACCAUCAAGUCAUCCCGCCGUCAGCCAGCUUCCUGCUCUGAGGCCUGAUCCACACACCUACCCCACCAUAGAUGAACCACUGCCACCAAAUUGGGAGGCACGGGUGGACAGCCACGGGCGUGUUUUCUACGUGGACCACAUCAACAGGACCACCACGUGGCAGAGACCCACCUCAGCAGCCACUCCGGACGGCAUGAGGAGAUCUGGGUCCGUUCAACAGAUGGAACAGCUCAAUAGGAGGUACCAGACCAUCCAGAGAACGAUGGCCACAGAAAGGAGCGAGGAUGAAGACAGCCCAAGCCGGGGUGAAACCACAAGCCUGGACAACAACAGCACCGAGCCGGACUCUCCUCCAAUGACUAGUGAGCUGAGAAGAGACAGUUCCCCCUCCUUGUCGUCAUCGCCCCCGGUCAACAGUCAGAAGAUCACAGCUCUGCUACAGAGCCCGGCGGUGAAGUUCAUCACACACCCUGAGUUCUUCACCAUCCUCCACGCCAACUAUGGGGCCUACCGCAUGUUCACCAACAGCACGUGCCUGAAGCACAUGAUCCUGAAGAUUCGUCGGGACGCUCGUAACUUUGACAGGUACCAGCACAACCGAGACCUGGUCAUUUUCCUCAACCGCUUCGCUGAUGCCCAGCUGGAGCUCCCUCGGGGCUGGGAGAUCAAGACUGACCCACAGGGAAAGAACUUCUUCGUGGACCACAACAGCCGCGCCACUACGUUCAUCGACCCCAGGAUCCCACUGCAGAACGGUCGCCUGCCCAAUCACCUGACUCACAGACAACACCUACAGAGGCUACGCAGCUACAGUGCAGGAGAGGCAUCUGAAGUGUCUCGUAGUCGAGGUGUGGCCUUGUUGUCCCGGCCUGGGAACAGUGUGGUGGCAGCGAUAAGGAGUCAACAUCAUCCUGAUCCAGUUCCACAAGCUUAUAAUGAGAAGAUAGUGGCUUUCCUGCGUCAGCCUGGGAUACUAGAAGUUCUAACAGAGCGCCAGCCAGCUCUGUCCAGGAACCAUUCAUUGAGGGAAAAGAUCCACUACAUCAGAACAGAGGGCACCCAACGACUGGAGAAGCUGUCAUGUGACGCAGAUCUGGUCAUACUGUUGAGCUUGUUUGAAGAGGAGAUCAUGUCGUAUGUCCCGCCCUCCUUCCAUCCGGGCUUCAGCUUCUCUCCUCGCUGUUCACCUGGGUCUUCACCACAGCACUCUCCAGGAAUGUCCAGAGCGAGAGCGCCUGCCCCGUACCGAAGGGACUUUGAGGCCAAACUACGCAACUUCUACAGGAAACUGGAGGCAAAAGGCUACGGUCAGGGCCCAGGGAAGAUUAAGCUUAUCGUCCGGAGGGACCACCUAUUGGAGGGUACCUUUAACCAGGUCAUGGCCUACUCACGCAAGGAACUACAGAGGAAUAAGCUCUACAUCACCUUCAUAGGAGAGGAGGGACUGGACUACAGUGGGCCUUCCAGAGAGUUCUUCUUCCUAUUGUCUCAGGAGCUGUUCAACCCCUAUUACGGCCUGUUCGAGUACUCCGCUAACGACACGUACACCGUCCAGAUCAGCCCCAUGUCGGCCUUUGUAGAGAAUCAUCUGGAAUGGUUCCGGUUUAGUGGGCGUAUUUUGGGUCUGGCGUUGAUCCACCAGUACCUACUGGAUGCCUUCUUCACACGGCCCUUCUACAAGGCUCUCCUUAGACUAGCCACGGAUCUGAGUGAUUUGGAGUACCUAGAUGAAGAGUUCCACCAGAGUCUACAGUGGAUGAAAGACAAUGACAUCACUGAUGUACUGGACCUGACCUUCACUGUGAAUGAGGAAGUCUUCGGACAGGUAACAGAGAGAGAGCUGAAGUCUGGAGGGGCCAACAUUAAUGUGACCGAGAAGAAUAAGAAGGAGUACAUUGAGCGCAUGGUCAAGUGGAGAGUGGAAAGAGGAGUGGUCCCGCAGACUGACGCACUGGUGCGGGGCUUCUAUGAGGUGGUGGACUCCCGGUUGGUGUCAGUGUUUGAUGCCAGAGAGUUGGAGCUGGUCAUUGCUGGGACGGCUGAGAUCGACCUGAACGACUGGAGAAACAACACUGAGUACAGAGGAGGCUACCACGACAGCCAUAUAGUGAUCCGGUGGUUCUGGGGGGCCGUGGAGCGCUUCAACAACGAGCAGAGGCUGCGUCUGCUGCAGUUUGUGACGGGCACCUCCAGUGUUCCCUACGAGGGUUUCACCGCGCUGCGGGGGAGCAACGGCCUGCGUCGCUUCUGCAUCGAGAAGUGGGGCAAGAUCACCGCUCUACCCAGGGCGCACACAUGCUUCAACCGGCUGGACCUCCCACCGUACCCGUCCUACACCAUGCUCCAUGAGAAACUGCUGAUUGCCGUGGAGGAGACCAGCACCUUCGGCCUUGAGUGACGAGAGUCGGCAACGUCAUAUGCAGUCUACUACUUCUGACCGUGGCGCUCUGUUGGAAAGUAAUUCACUGUGUAAGGAAUAGCGUGUUAUUGGGGAAACAAUCAGGAUCUUACUGGGAGAUGGGGUGCCCCGGCACUGCUCUGCCCAAUACUCCCGUUUUAGUCCAUUUCAAUACCACAGGGCGGAUCCAUUCUCUUUUUAAACUAUCUACAAGCAAGAACAAAAGCCAACCACCACCCCAUGCAUUACCGACCUGUGAUGAUGUUCCUUUAUUAAGGGACGUGGCAUAAAGGAACAGCCACCAUAUGCAACAGCUCUUAUUUUGGCCUCAGCCUACAAUAGCACUCAGGGCCUUGACUCAAAACGUCACGCUAACAUCAUGAACAUGCUAGUCCGUCUUUUACGGUGCGCACCUUGACUCGACACACACAUCACACUAACACCGAUUCAUUGGCUAGUCCGUCUUUAACUGUCCGCCUGGCAUCACCACCUCACGGCGAGCGGCGCCCCAUAGUAUCACCUCCCACAAGCACUAUUAUGACACAAAACCAAUGCCUCAACUUGUUUCAUUAGAGAAAGUAAACUGCCUCAGAUACAGUCACAUAUAGAACUGCUACUACUCAACCAAGAUGGUGUCACGGCGUUGUUUUUCCACUUCAACAGUACCACUACAAAUAACUGCCACUAGGAUUAUCCUAGAAUAUGACAUCAGCAAAGGACUGGCUGAUCAUUCUCUCUCAAGUUCACAGUGACUGCUGUAGAGUGUUAAUGCUAACAUAAUAACCAAAGCAACUUCCCAAUUAACAAUUUUAAUGCAAUGCCCUAUGUUUUUUUUCUAAGAUUCUGUGAACAUUGUGGUAUAUCAGGAGAUUCAGUAGUACUGCAAGAUCUUCCCGCAAUUGCAAAAUGACUGAGGAUUCUUAGGAUAUUGACGUUCUGUAACUGCAGUCCAAACAAAAAAUGUGGAAUUGACGUAAACCUUGAUGUCGAAUGGGAAAUGACCGUAAGUGAUUUGGAGGAAAGUGGGGCGAGUAAAAACCUCCUCGAUCACCAAAGUUGAUUGGAAAAAUAACUGUUUCAGUGUGCUCCUGUGAACACAGCACCCGGCUCCUUUCCCUGCUCAUUUGAAAAACCAUUUGAUGUUUACAUGGCGGUGUGUUUUCUCUUGUUUAAGCUCACUUGAGUCAGGAUAUGAUGAAUGUUCUCAUUAUCACAAGAUUGUCGUGUUUCAUUUGUACAUGGUAGACAGUGUAAAACACCACAGAAUAUUUUGGAAGGAAAUGUUUUUUAAUCUUUUACUGCGUUUUUGUAUCAGUUUUUCAAAGCAUGGAAAAUAACUUUCGAACACUUAAGUAAACUAAGUGAGAGAGAUACUAAGUAAAUUUGCGGGUAUUGUGUUUAGAUUGCAAUGGGUCUUAUUCUUCCUGAAUAUUUGUUGCCCUUCUAAGGAGCUUGACACUAACUUCACCUCAAAUAUGUAUACCACGAUUCAAUCAAAUGUCUAUUCUAUUUUUUGAGUAUUUAUAAAUGUUACACUAAUUGCAAUUAUUAUACAGUAUAGUUCUUUCUGAAAGACAACAGUAGCUUACUAUGACGGUGAAUGGUUUUAGCACUUGUGUUAUAGCAGUUGAAAACAUGUUGGAUUUUGUUUCAGUAUAACCAUUCUCAUGACAGUCAUUGUGCUGAUGAACAACUGAAUGAUUCGAAAUGGAUGUGAUGUUGGAGUCUUUGGUUAGUUCUAAGUUUCCAUGUCACCCUUUGUAGGACAAACUCCAGAGUUUUCCCUCAUGUUGCCAUGUAAAUGUACUGUACAUAUCCUAUAGCUCUCAACAGGACAUUACAGCUAUUUUGGUCUGCAAAUGGCACGCCUUAACAUGAAAACACUGUAGGACAACAUGCCACAGUCAGAGACUUGUAACUGGGUUGAUUGCUGACCAAUUGAAUUAUUGUACGUGUCCUAUCCUGUGCUUCGUUUGGGUAGAUUUGUACUGAAACCAGGAACUGACACUGAACACAAUUAUAGUACUUACAUGGCCCACGUUCCUGGUCAAAUCUGGUUAAUUCUCCUCUCCUUGGACCAUUACAUUUUUGGAAUGUAUAGUGACUGCAUGUCGAUAUAAAAAAAUUGGAAGGUUGAAAAAUAUUCAGUAAGAUGUUCCUGAAAGCAUUCCGAGUUGACAAAAUGUCAAAUAUAAAGUACAAAACUUAAGGAUGUUAUUGGUUUUUUCUACAUUAAGUUUUUGUAAAGUGUAUAUGUAUUUGUGUUUUCUGUUUCAAUUGUUUUAAACGUCACAUGCUAUGCACAAUUUAUGUGGCAAAUUACAAACAAUGCAAUUCAAACACUUAUCUGUUGCCUAUCUAUUUCCCCUUUAAGAUAUUGUUUGCAGCUAGUGAACUCUCACAGGUCUGAUUUCACUGUCUGUUCCCACUACGACGUCAGAUAAACGUUGGCGAGAAUGUGUUCUUUGGUUUUCUGUUGGGCUCAUGUGCAGUAAUUCUCAGGCUGCGCGCAUUUAAUUCAAGCAUAGUACUGUUAACGAAUGUCAAUAAACAAUCACUUCCUAAAACA